AUGACCGAAUGCCUGGAGAGUAAUGAAUACUGUAUUUGCACGCCAACAGCAGAUAAUAGCGUAGUUAUAUGUAAGUGCAAGGAGGGAUAUGUUAGUAGAGACAACCAGUGCUACAGCAAAGAAUGUUAUGACAGUCUCACAGACAGCUUUUGUGGAAACUUAGGCUUUGCUACAUGCGAUAAUAGUGCACAGAAGUGUAACUGUGGCAAUACAGGCCUUACUCUAAUGUCCUUUCAUGGGCGAUGCGUAACAGAGAAUUGUUUAAUUGGAAAAGAGCCUAGCCGGACUGAGUGUUGGAAUAGAGGGUACUGUCAAAUUAACUUAGCUGGAGGGAUAUGUCGUUGUUACUCUGCAUACUUAAACGACACUGGGUGUACUAAGUGCAAUCCAGAAACAUCCCUGGAGAAGAAGGUAUCAAAUGGAGUUGAGUGCAUUCCAAAAACGUGCAUGGAUAAGGAGAAUCCUAGCGUCGAUCUUGUAUGUAAUAACAUCGGAACGUGUACUCCCUUUGUCAACUCAGAGUCAACCAUGCUGUACAUAUGUAAGUGCAAUAGCCAUGCUUUCAGUGUAGGAGACUCAUGCUAUCCAAAGGAGUGUGUGAUUACAGACCCUCUUGUCUCCAACAGCCUCACUGUCUGCAACUCAAAGGGAUCUUGCGAUUUCAAAACAAGUAGAUGCAACUGCAUCGCACCUUACACAGGAAGAUUCUGCCGGUCUUGCUUACCGGAAUAUAUCCACCAAUAUAUUGCAACCGAGAACGGCUUUCUCUUUCUCUGCGUCCACGAGAACUGCUGGGAUGAGUCGCUUAAUACGCACUGCAGUGGUCACGGGAACUGUACAAUGGAUGCCGUGUCUAAGGUCUAUAAGUGCUCAUGUGAGCAAGGAUACAAUCUUGUGAAGGGCACGUACAACAUUUGUGCGUCAAACACCGUCCGUAAGCGUAAUCGGCAAGGCUACCUUCUGCUGUCUGACGUCUUGUUUGUCGCGCUCUUUGCCGUGGCCAUUCUUGGAAUAGGUGUAUAUCUCCUUGUGAAGCUUUUGUCUGAAAAGAAGGCCAAGCGAGACCAUGAGCUUUACAUCCAUCAAGAGAAGAUCACAAUAGCAAGGAAUCUCCAUAAUGAUUUGUCAUCAGCUAAGCAGGCGUCUGCUCAAUCUAGCGUCCUUUCCACUGCCGAGUACAUAGCUUUUCAGCGAAGGUACAUGUAG